CCGAGCUCCAGGGCGGCAGUGCGGCUCGGGCCGUGGUCGGGUGGAGGUCGAGUUCGACGGCGCUCCCUCUGGGUCGGCGCUGGUGCGGAGAGACGACGUGGCUGCCGCUGUCUUUCCGGGGGAGGGGAACCGCCGCUGUCUCGCUCGCCACGCUGGAUGUGUGUAUCCCCGGGACUGCCAUGGUUAUGCGUGACUCAGUGCCGGCGACCCUGAUUGGCCCAAGGGUUGUUCUGUUGCUUACAUGUUGACAGUUCCCUCGCCUACGCAGAGGUGAGAGACUCGUAUGCGAAAAUCAACAAGUGCGACGCUGCGAUACAUCCUCUCAGCCCGGGCGUCGGCGAACCUGUACAUUACUUCGGGGGAAAAAUUUGUCUCUCAUUUGUAGCAUGAACUGGCCAUCUCUCUGAACCUAAACAUGGCCAGAACCAAAGGACUGUUGACAUGGCCAUGCUGGUUCGUGUUGGGCACCAGCUGGGCUGUUAUAGGCACCACAUCCUGCGUGCGGAUCAAGGAACUCAACGUGCCUGCCGUGGCUCUAGUCAACGACAAGAUCCACCUUCGCUGUGAUUACGAGGAGGAAGGGAUGUCCAGAUUGUACACACUCAAGUGGUACAAGGACGGGAAGGAAUUCUACAGGUACCAGCCUGGUAUCUCGGCUCACUCCUCGGACGACCGUUGCGCUGAUGACCUGACCUACGACGUGGCCGGGGUCAAUGUUGAUUGCUGGGUCUCCACAGAGCGCGACGUGGUGCUCCAAGGCAUCUCCAAGACGACUUCGGGGGACUACCAGUGCGAAGUCAUCGGCGAGCAUCCGAUGUUCAGGAAGGAGGUUCGAGUGGCGAGACUCACUGUCUUCUCCGAAUCGCUCGAGCCUCCCGUGGUGUCUGGCGCGAAGGAAUCCUACAGAGACGUGGACGAAGUGGCGCUUAACUGCUCCUCGAGGAACGUGGAGUACAUCCCGGUCCUGUCGUGGCUCCUCAACGGUCGCCCUGCAGCCCCGGAACAAGUGAGGAAGUACCCCGAGCGGCGGACCGUCGGCCUCGCCUUCAAGACGACGGAUCAGCUGUUCCGACGGGGCUACAUCGAAGUCACGUGCGUCAGUUCCCUCGGCGGCGGACACCAGAGGAGAGCGAAGGUGCAGCUGGCCAACCACGCCUAUCUGAGAGCACAGGAAUAUCAUUAUAAUUCAGGUCGUAAGAGAGAUGAAGGAACGUGGGCGUGUGCAUUCGUGGGCGUCCUCACUUUCACCAUUCUUAAUCACCUUCUCUAUUAACUUUAUAUUCCUUGCGUCAUUGCCUCGUUUUACUGUAAAUGUGUAUAUAAAUGUA